AACCUUAUCUUUACCUCAGUCUGUUGUGGGUGUUUGUCCGUUAAAUUUGGGAGAAGGAAAAUUGACCCACUGAAUUCUCUUUCUUGUCUGGACAGUCGUUGCGAAGUAAAAUUUUAACGGAACUUUUUACUUCAUGUUUCUGUGGUGUCUUGGUUAUGUUUCCCUCUCAGAAAUUGCGUCAUUCUUCAGAGUCUAGUAAUUAAUGGGUGCCUCAAAAUUUGUUAGGUCAGCUGUCAUAUUUCAUAAUCGUUUAGCAUUUACCUCUAGGUUCUGCAAGCAGCUAUCCUUUGUUGCUGUUUCGCCUUUUGUUGAAGGUGUCCCUCAGAGGCUCUUUGUAAAUCAAGCCAAGUGCUUUGCAAAGAUGGCAGAAUCUGGAGAGAAACUGUCCAAAAAUGAAUUGAAAAGAAGAAUGAAAGCGGAGCAGAAGGCAAAGGAAAAGGCUGAGAAAGACAAGGAGAAGGCUGAUCAGCCUUCUGCACCUGUCAAGAAGGCAUCAGCUGUGACUGUAACGGAUGAAGAAAUCAACCCCUCUGAGUACCGCCGUAUACGUUCCUUAGCUGUUGCAAAGUUAAAAGAGUCAGGAGAGCACCCCUAUCCUCAUAAAUUCCAUGUGUCUGUAUCGUUGGAUGAAUUCAUUGAAAAGUAUAAUCAUGUAAAGGAUGGGGAAGUGGUUGAGGAAACUGUCAGUGUUGCUGGUAGAAUUCAUGCCAUUCGGGACUCUGGUGCAAAGCUAGUAUUCUACGACCUACGUGGAGAAGGGAAGAAAAUUCAAGUUAUGGCUAAUGCAAAACUGUAUGAAUCUGAAGAAAAAUUCGCUGUUGACAUCGGUAAAAUUCGAAGAGGUGAUAUCAUUGGGUGUGUAGGCAAGCCUGGUAAAACAAAAAAAGGUGAACUCUCAAUCAUGCCUAGUAAAAUUACUCUUUUGUCUCCAUGCCUCCAUAUGCUACCUCAUUUACACUUUGGAGUGAAGGACAAGGAAACUAGAUUCAGGAUGAGAUAUCUCGACCUCAUUAUCAAUGAAGCCACCCGCAACAAGUUUAUUGUACGCACUAAAAUCAUCUCAUAUGUGCGACGCUUCUUUGAUCAGAUGGGAUUUUUGGAAGUUGAAACACCUAUGAUGAACAUGAUUGCUGGUGGUGCUACUGCUAAGCCUUUCAUCACUCAUCACAAUGAGUUGAAACUCGAUCUGUUCAUGAGGAUAGCUCCUGAAUUGUACCUUAAGAUGCUGGUUGUGGGCGGUCUCGACAGAGUUUAUGAAAUAGGCAGACAAUUCAGAAAUGAGGGAAUUGAUUUGACCCACAACCCUGAGUUCACUACCUGUGAAUUUUACAUGGCUUAUGCUGAUAGUACUGAUUUGAUGAAGAUCACAGAAGACUUGCUGUCGGGCAUGGUGAAGAGCAUAUUUGGUUGUUACCAAGUCAAGUACCACCCUGAAGGACCUGAAGGGCCUGAGGUUACCAUUGAUUUUACUCCUCCUUUCAAGCGAAUGUACAUGUUCCCUGCUCUUGAAGAAAUUUUGAAAGUUAAGUUGCCAGAUCCCACCAAGCUGUCUGACCCAGCAUCUGUCAAGAUGCUUAGCGACUUGUGUGAAAAGCAAGGUGUAGAAUGUCCUGCCCCUAGGACUGGAGCCCGACUUCUAGACAAACUAGUCGGAGAGUAUUUGGAAGAAACUUGCAUCAACCCAACUUUCAUCUGUGAUCAUCCGCAGAUAAUGAGUCCUUUAGCAAAGUGGCACAGAACUACUCCUGGCCUCACAGAACGGUUUGAGUUGUUUGUGAUGAAGAAGGAAGUCUGUAAUGCCUACACGGAGUUGAAUGAUCCAUUUGUUCAACGGGAAAGAUUUGAGCAGCAAGCCAAAGACAAAGCAGCUGGCGAUGAUGAGGCACAGCUCAUCGAUGAAAAUUUCUGCACUUCUUUGGAAUAUGGACUUCCGCCAACAGGAGGAUGGGGGCUUGGAAUUGACAGACUUACUAUGUUCCUUACUGAUUCAAAUAAUAUCAAGGAAGUGCUCUUGUUCCCUGCCAUGAAACCUGAUGACCCCAACAAGCCAAAGGAUGAAGAAGUGACUGAAAGUUAGGACUGUCAGCUCAUCCAAGGCACAAAUGUUUUAUUAGGGAAUUUCAAGCAUUUUUAGUGACCAUCAAAGUGAAUUGUUGGAUUAUUCAUUUAAUUCAGCAAAGCAAACUAUCAGUCCAGUGAACCACAUUUCAAACUAAAUAGAUUCAAAUUUAUUUAUUAUUUAGUUUUAGUCUUUUUUGUCAAGUUACUAAUUUGAAUAAAAUGUGUGAAGUAAA